AUGGAUUCUAGUGAAUAUUUUCAAAAUGUAUCAACAUCACAAGUAUUACCAAAGAAAAAAAUAUUAAAUCCUAUGGAUAUGACAACAAGUUCUGAUCCAACAUUAUUAUUACCUGAUUAUUUAACAAUAUCAGACAGUAAAUUUAAAGAUUUGUUUUUACAGUCAACAACAAAUAAUAUGAGUACUGAUGCACUUAUUGAAUUAUUAAACCAGACAGAAAUAUUAUUAUUUAUUCGUGAACUUACACAAUUGAUCAAUAAAUUUAAUUAUUCUCAAUUACAACUUGAACAAUGGACUUUUUACAAUAAUCUUGGCAUGACCGAAGGUAUUUGGACCAACCGAGUAUCGAAAAAAAUGGCCGAAGCCAAUUCAAUGUGUUAUACAUAUGGUCGAUCCAAAAACUUAAUCAAACAACGUCUUGCAAAAUAUAAGCUACAAUGUGAAAAAAAUCAAGAGACUAUUAAUCAAUGUAUGAAACAAGCACCACUCAUUAUUGAUAUGCAAACUAUUACAACUAUGAUAAAUAAUUUAAUCAAUAAAGAUCAAUAUGAAUUACGAUUUGAACUUGACCGAAGAAAAACGAUGCUCCGACUAGAUGCUGAAGAACACAAACUUGUUGAACAAUUUUACCAAUUGAAGCCAAGACAAACAGAGAUCAACUCAGCAAAAAUUAUCUGGAAAGCUAUCAAUGAACAACAUAACAUAAUCGAUGAAAUUGUUAUAUUUAAGAAAUGGCUCGAAGUUCACGCACAAAUAUCAUCAUAUACAUUUGAAGAUGUUCAAUUACCAAAAAUAAAUCAUAUCUUUAUAUCACUAUUCUUUCAAGGUCAAACAUCAUCUGCCGAACAUAUCGCUGAACAAACAAUAGCUAAAGCCGAACAAAUGAUUUAUUAUUUAUAUUUUCGAUAUUAA